AUGACUGUUGUGAGAAGGAAUAAAGUUUCGAAUAAGAAAGUAAACGUGAAGUUGGAAAGGCAAUCACGAAUUGGAGAUUCAGGAAGAGUUAAAAAGGAAACAGGGAGAAGAAAGAUAAAAAAGGAACCUUUGGACACGAUUGCAGUGAAGCAGGAGGAAUUCAGUGAAGAAGAUCUAAAGAAUUUGAAGCUGCUUGGCCUAACUAUAAGCAAGUUUCGUACUCGAUGUUCCAGAUUACUGAAAGGUUUUGAACAAAAACCAGAAAGUGUUCAGUUCGAGAUUCCAACAACAGAUCUUAAAAGAAAACCAAAACUAAGAUACAGACCUCCAAAUGGGACGAUACUGGAUAUUUCAAAGCUUGAUUUUGAUAAACCACUUGAAGAUCAAAUUGAGUUGUCAGAUGUUUAUUUUCUUCAUCAUGCCAUAACAUACUCCAAGAGGGUGGUAAUGGUUAUUGGUGCCGGAGUUUCUGUGGGGGCUGGUAUUCCUGAUUUCAGAUCCUCUAAUGGUCUAUUUCAAGGCUUGGCUACUAAAUCCUCAGGUUCAGGAAAAAAUCUCUUUGACUAUAAUGUGUUUAGGUCAGAUGGUUCCAUUAAGAAAUUUGAGUCAAUGAUCCACAAGUUGUACACUCUUUCCAAUGAGUGCGACCCAACAUAUUAUCAUCACAUGAUUGAUAAGAUAUCAGAGCAAGGUCGUCUUCUGAGACUAUAUACACAGAAUAUUGAUUGUCUAGACGUACAGUUACCACAUUUGAAAACAAAGAUCCCGCUAACUUUUCACAAACCAUAUCCAAAAUGCAUUCAAUUGCAUGGGAAUAUUCAGCUAAUGAACUGUUCAAAGUGUCGGUAUAUUACACCGUUGAAUGAGACGUUUUUCAAAAAGGCACCUAAUACAGAAGGAAGAAGAUUAAUAGUGAGAUGUCCAGAAUGCCAGGAGAUGAACAAGGUUCGUGAUAUUGCAGGGAAAAGAUUACAGAACGAAGGAAUACUGAGGCCAAGAAUUGUUUUAUACAACGAGUUCCAUCCGGAUGGUGAAAUUAUCGGAAGCAUCACUGAAUCUGAUAUCAAAUCAAGACCAGAUUGUCUCAUUGUUACUGGUACUACACUAAAGAUACCGGGAGUGAGAAGGCUUGUGAAAGAAAUGGCAAGAUCUGUGCAUGCGAAUAAAGGAUAUGUGAUAUGGGUGAAUAUAGAUCCUCCAACACAGAGUAUUGUGGAUUAUGUGGAGUAUUUCGAUUUGCUAGUAAUUGGAAGUUGCCAGAUGGUUCCAGGUCUUGUCAGUCUAUAUGACUACGUUUACAAGCCUAAGAAAAGACGCAGAAAGGUUAAUACAAAAGUGGAAACGUUGAAGUCCGAGAAAAUACGGGUUGCAUAA